GUUCAAAUUUGGCUUCAAAAUUGAUUCUUUUCUAAUCAUCUUUGCUCUUAAAAAAUGGAAACAAUACUUCUAAAAUUUUUAUUUUGUUUCCUUCUAAAAUGAAAUCCAACACCCUACUAGUACCUCGUAAUCACCGAACGGUGCCAACUUUCUCUUUUGCCAACGUUUUGACCAAAACCUCCCCGCUUCUCCAUGACGGGCCUACAAGUCUAUGAUACAGUGCCAUCAUCCUAGGGCCGUAAAAUCCCAUCAGAGCAGCAGAGACAAAUCAGGGCAUCCUACAGGCGUUCCGUUCGGUGGCUCCACCUGCUUCUUCUCUCCCUCCUCCGCCUUCCCGUGGUAUCCAUGCUUGCUUCUUCAAGUUCCAGCAACACACCAGCGUUGUGAGCCUUGAGUGCUCCCUUCCGGCCUGCAUCGCAGUGAGUCCUUGGCUUUUGGUUGCUGCCUAGCCUUUGGUUUACCUCUUUCCCCACAUGUGCAUUUUGCUUCUUUUCUUUCAGUCCUUUUGUUGGGCUCAACAAGAUCUGCUCCCUGCUUAGACAAAGGAAACUUUCAGAAUUUACCACAGGGAGAAGCUAUACAUGUUUCUUUCUUGUUGGAGAUCAGGUGACUUGAUGGGUGCGUGCAGGGGCUAGGCAUUUAGGCGUUUAUAAUUUUGCUUGAUCUCUGGCUGCUCGUUUGUACAAACUCCCUGUAAUUUUGCUUGAUGUUGACGGUACAAACUCCCUUUACUUAGGCGUUUGUACAAACUCCCUGUACUCUGUUUCUUUUUCUUUUUUUUUGGGUACAAACUCCCUGUACUCUGUUUCUUGAUUCUGUCUUAAUAUACCACAAGAACUUGUCCUGCAUGAUUCGGGAAAAAGAAACUUGAUGAGUAGUUGCGGUGUAAAAAAUGCUGCAGAGGAUACUAAGAUUUUCUUUCGCUGCCAGUCAUAAUCUAUGUUUUUCUGCUUUCAGGACAUAAGUAGGCGGCGAGAUGAGCAAUUCCUGCGAGUGCUGCAACAGAUACUGGACUCAUUUGCAUGGAAAGGUCAAGUGUUUCUUCACGCAGAUGGAUAGACACUCUAGGCAUAGCAUGGUAAGUUCAGUGGAUUGCCUUGGUCAUUGAAUCGGCAGCAAUAAAACAUGUUUUAAACCGAUACUAGUAGUUAUAACGAUUCACAUUUUUGCAGGUCAUACCAGAGAGAUUUGUGAACUAUUUUGGAUGGAAGCUGUCAGGAACCAUUGAACUAGAAGCCCCCAAUGGUAGUGUUUACGAUGUUGAAAUUGCUGAGCGUAGGAACAAAACAUUACUCAGAUCUGGGUGGGAGGCGUUUGUCGAUGCCAAUCAUAUAGUAGAGAACGACUCAUUGAUGUUCCGAUACCGUGGAAGUUGUCGCUUCAAGGUUGUGGUCUUUGAUUCUAGUGGUUGUGAGAAAGUGGUGUCCUGUGCUCGCAUACUGACCAAUAUUAGUGAUCAAGAACCAAGCACAAAUUCUGCAGACAUUUCGACCAGUUUCAGUGAUGGUAAUACUCCUUCGUCAGCACGAGCACGAUCAGAUGGUUGCCAGAGUGGAAGCUCAGGCCACCUUAGAAAACGAGCAAAGAAAGAUGCAAUAUCUUAUCCUUCGGAGGGUUCGUCAGAAGACAGUCCUUAUGAGCAUGAGUCAUCUGAAUUCGAUGAUCAGACGCUCCCAACGCCUCUUUAUGUGUUAUCAGGGAAUUGCUAUGUAACAGAAGAAGAUGAGGCCAAUAUAUUUGCACUUGCCCAGGAAAUUCAACCUGAAAUGCCUCUGCUUGUGGCUAUGAUGACGAAGCCCAGUGUGAAACCAUAUCCUGAUCUGGUAAUUCCCAAGGAUUACACACUCGCACACUUUCCACACAGAAACCAGACUAUCAAACUACAGCUGCCUGAGCAGAGCAAGAAAUGGUACUGCGAGUUCCGUGUCAAAUCUGAUGGAGGUCGUUGCAAUCUAAAGGAGUGUGGCUUUGCCCGUGACAAUCAUUUACUGGAGGGAGAUCUGUGCGUCUUCCAGCCCAUGAUGAAUCGUAAGGGUAGAACAUUCAAAGUGAUGGUCCAUCUGCUUCGCAAAGCAAGCAUUGAUCAUCCCUUCGGUAAAAAUGGUUUGACAAGCAAAAAGAAUGCUCCAACAUUGUGUAUUAAGGAGGAACCAAAUGACGGAGAAGAAACCCCUUCUUUGGGACAUGAAGAACAUGGAAUCAGUGACGAAGAACCCUACAUGAUGCCAAGGGGUACCUGUCUAACGCAACUGCAGAAGAAGAAAAUUUUGGAGAAAGUUGAAGCCAUCGGAUCAGAUCUGCACAUCUACAUCGCAGUCAUGACCAGGAGCAGUAUCCUCGUCUCCCUAUCCUUUGCCAUAAAGUACUCUGCCACGUACCUUCAGAAGGGGAGCGGGAGUUUGGUGCUUCAGGUGGAGGGUAAGAGCCAGAUAUGGCAUGAUGAAAUGCGCGAAAAGGCGGGUGCCAUGAGGAUACGUGCAGGCUGGACUUCUUUUGCCAGCGACAACAACCUGCGGGAGGGGGACAUCUGCCUCUUCGAGCUGAUGAAAAACGAGGGGGGACUGAAGAAGAUGGUGGUCUAUAUCAUUCCCCGUGAGCUUUGCUAGUUUCACGCUCUUGACAAGAGGCAGAGAGGUCUCUGCUCUUUGUGCUGGCAUUUUGUAUGUUGCUGAUGUGGCUCUUCGCUGCUUUUGUGAUCUGGAAGUAGAACUAUGGGCAUGGCCACUUUCUGGAAUGAGUAAGAAACUGAUAUUUGUGUGGCAAACUAGUAAUUUAGUUUUAAACAGAUUGUGAUUUCUUACUUCAGUGGCAGCCUUAUUUUGCGGCAUGAAGUUUAAACUAGUUGCUGAUGAAGUUUGUAUGAGGAAGCCACUUAUUGUUUGUAUCCUCUGAAGUUUAAUGAACUCAUGAUGCCUAGUUUCUUA